AUGGCGGGCGGCGGCUUCUUGCAGCCCGCCUCCCUCCAUGCCAUGGUGUGGGAAAAGAAGAGACUGCAGAAGCCGCCGUCACUGGGCCGAAAGAGGCCAAACGCCCCCAGAGCAGCCGGGGCAGGAGCAGGACUAGAUGCACAGCAAAGAAAAUCUCUUAGUGUUGGAGAGUAUUCCUCCACGGCUGUGCCUCUUGACAUGGCUGUGCUUCUCACUUCUGUACAUCUCCUGUUUUCUAUUCUACAUUCAUCAGCCAACACCACAAUGUAUUUUGUGCUGGAUCCAGACAAUGGUAGGAUUUAUCGAACAGCUGACAUAGCUCUGGAUUAUGAAACAGAUCCUAAACAUUUUCAGAUGGUUGUUGCUGUGAAAGAAAAAGGAAAAGCAAAUCCUGGAUCAUGUACUGGCACCAUAACAUUAAACAUUCAGAAUGUUAAUGAUGAGGCUCCUGUUUUCCUGAACACAUCAGAUACUCAUCUGAAUAUUUCUGAAAACCUUCCUUUUGGGACUUUAGUAGCUAGACUGACAGCAGCGGACAGAGAUAUAGGAGAUACAGUACACUAUGAAUUUGUUGGAAGUUACAGAGGUUUUACUAUUAAUGCUGAUACUGGAGAUAUCACAAUAACUUUUCCUUUGGACUAUGAAGACCCCACUGUGCCACAGACAAGAAUGUUGGAAGUCAGAGCUUUUGACAAUGAUAGACAGCAUUCUGCCACAGCUUUGCUGAUCAUCACCCUGCAGGAUGUGAAUGAUAACUUUCCCUUAUGUCCACAAGACAUUUAUGUUAAGGAAGUUACUGAAACAAUCCCAAUUGGGACCCCUCUGGUUACCUUAAUAUGUGGAGACAAAGAUGGGACAGCUCCUAGUAACUCCUUAUCCUACACUUUAACACUCGAAAAUUUUUCCAAUGAAACAUUUACUCUGGAGGAUCAUGUAAUCAAGGUGGGGCCUGAACCACUGAAUUAUGACUCUGUGGCUUUUGCAGCAUUGCAGUUUAAACAUACGCUGAUCGUCCAAGUGUCUGAUGGUGGCACACCAUCACUUACAAGCACUGUCACAGUUAUUGUAAAAGUAACUCGUGCUAAUGAAAUAGCUCCUCACACGGGAACUAAAACAUUCAACGUGUUUGAAAAUAGCAAGAUUGGCACAGUGGUUGGAACAGUGAACUUUACAGAUGAAGACUGGCCAAUAAACAAUUUGAAAUGGACCAUUAUCGGAGACAACAUGGGAGACCCUCCUAGGUUCUAUAUAGAAUCCAACACAGGUAUCAUAAAGGUUUUGAAUGCUCUUGACAGAGAAACAAAGUACCAAUAUGUUCUUCGGGUGAGGGCUACAGACCUAGACAAUGACAUUGAACCUGACCCCAAGAGACAAAAAUCCGGCACUUCUACAGUCACUAUCAACAUUCUGAAUGUGAAUGAUGAAUCUCCAGUCUGUAAGCCACCACAUUAUGAGAAAUGGAUUUACUCUACUAUAAAAACAUCAGUUCUACAAUUAAAUUGCUCAGAUAAAGAUUCCCCAGCUCAUCAACUCAGCUACAAUAUUGUAGGAGGGAAUGGGCAUAAUCGAUUUAAGCUCCAGAGACAAGGUUCUGGCCCACCUUCCUUGGUAACCACACAGAACUUCCAAUAUGAUGUGUUUCGAGGAAUUAAAGAUCCCACAACAUUUCAGCUAUUAAUAGAAGUGGCUGAUGAAAUGGGUGCCUAUUUGCCUAAACGCUUGUCCACAACAGCAACUGUAAUCAUACAUGUGAUACCUUGGAGUACAACCAAGCCUUCAACUACUACCAAAACAACCACAACUGCAGUGACCACCGCAGUGCUGUUUCGAAUUUCGUAUUAUUGGCACCCUAAGAACUGGUUUGCUGCUGUUCUGACUAUAACAGGGGCUCUACUCUUGAUGAGCCUGUACAUGGCUGCCUGCCUCUGCUUCAAAAAUGUUCCAAAAUGUGGGAUGCUAUUUCCCAAAUGCUGUACUGAUGAAAGUCAUCCAUUGCUUGCAAACACUGAGCAAAUUGCCACUUCACCAAGAAAAAUGAAUCCACCUGAGAAGCUACCAACAUCAGAGAAAAAAUCACUGCAUGUGAUUCCUAAUACUCCUGCCACUUAUGAUGGACGUGCAAUGGAUCAAGUGACAGGAAUGCAGUACCUAUUUAACAGUAAAACUGGUGAUGUCCAGUGGCUAAACAAGAACAUUCCCACUGUGUAGCAUUAUGCUCCUCAAGUUCCAAGCCCCUUCUCUUCAGACUGGCUGCCAUUAACAUUCAUAGAAAGAAGAUCUAAACAACAUAACCAUGAGACAAGGGAAGUGCACUGAUUAAACUUGUUGGACUUUCUAAUCUUCAUCCAGAGAAAGUAAUCAAAUAAGCGUACAGCAUUUCUGAGGGUUGAUUUAUCUUUAAUUAACUCAUUAAUGCUUUCAUGGAAUUAUAUGAAUAUUAUUAUUGCCUUGAUUAAUGCUCAUGCUGUUGCUAUUCUCAUGCCUUUGCACAUAAAUGCUGUUUCAGUUGUUUUCUUGAUAUAGUCUGCAAAGUACCAAAUUAGAUUGAUGGAAGUGUCAUUGAUAGAAUGGAAGAAUGUUUGCCUUAUGUUUUACUUUCACCUCUAAACUCAGUUGAUGUUUUCUUUAAGGUGUUUAUCUGUUUACAUCAUCCAGCA